AUGCAAAUGCAAUGCAACACCCUUUGCUCGUACCUCAACUCUCUCUUGCCAGCCUCGAUCGCCUCCUCUCCCCCUCUCUCCAGCGCGCGAGCGACAGCACCCCCGCGCAUGAUGAUGAGCGCUGGCGCGGCUGCCGGAUUUGCCGACCACGUUGCGCAGAGAAGCCGACGCGACAAGCUCCGCUUUCCACCACCCACCCACCACGCCAUGGCCUUGCUCCCGCCGCCCCCUCCUGACCACGAUAUCAAUGCUCCAAAUCAACUCGCCUACCUUCACGCGCCCACGUGGCCGCGCGCCAAGCUGGAGCACCACGACGACGCUGCCCAGUUCACGACCCUGCUGCAGCAGCAGGCUGCGCUCGCCCUCACGCUGUCGCCGGCGUACCAGGGCUCGUUGCAGAGCGUCGUGGUCCUCACGGGGUCCCGCUUCCUGAGGCCCGCGCAGCAGCUGCUCGACGACAUCUGCGCCGCCCUGCUGCCGGAGGGUACUAUUGAGGGUGCCAGUGGGGGUGUUGGCUCCUUCUCGUUGCUCCAACCGGCCGCGGAGAGACUGGAUGGCCACGGACGAGAGCAUCGGCGGCCGGAGUUCCGGGAGGAGAAGGCUAAGCUGCUCUACAUGCAGGAGGAGGUAUGCAAAAGGUACAGGCAUUAUCGCCAACAAAUGCAGACAGUGGUGUCCUCGUUUGAAUCGAUUCCUGGGCUGAGUUCUGCUACCCCUUACGCAUCGUCAGUGCUCAAGGCCAUAUACAGGCACUUCCGAUGCUUAAGGAUGGUUAUAUCAAGGCAGAUACAGUACAUGAACAGGCUCCUGGGAGAGGAGCUCCUGUCGCUGCCGGGCUCAAUCACGGAGCACCACCAGAAGAGCCAGCAGCCAGCAGUGUGGAAGCCGCACAGGGGCCACUCUGAGCGAGCCGUCACUGUGCUGAGGGCCUGGCUCUUCGACAAUUUUCUUCAGCCGUACCCCUCGGAUGAAGAUAAGCAGAUGCUAGCUACUCGCACCGGCCUGUCUCGGAACCAGGUGUCCAACUGGUUCAUCAACGCGCGCGUCCGGCUGUGGAAGCCCAUGGUGGAGGAGAUGUACAAGCUGGAGACCCGCUCCUCGGCGGCGGCUGCUGGGAGCACCAACUGCACCCCGUUGGACACCUCUGGAGCGGCCAUGUCCAGCGACACCGCACGCACGCUGCCUCCUCCCCCGGCCAUGGCCGGAGGCCACCACCAGAUGAUGGAAGAAGAGUGCAUGGAUCAUGCUCCUCCACCGACUACUUGUCUGUCUGGUUACUAAGCAGUGCUCUGCUUUGGUGGUACUAGGUUCACGUCUGGACUAACAGAGUAAUUUUUGGGGAUUUAAUGGCACCUUGGAGUAUAUGGCC